AAAAGCUUUCCCUAAGAGGUAGACACAGUUCAUUGGAGAAAUGGAAAUGAUGAUGAAGGAAGAGAACGAGAGAAGGAAACUCAUUUCCAUGGCAGAUGAUGAUUUUCAAGUAAUUUCGAAGAGACGACGAAGAGAGCCUCCCUCGGCGGCACUUACUUUGGAGGAUAAACAAAGUCAGAAGCAACAAAUUUGUCAAAAUUCUACUACUAGCACCACAAAGAGAAGUUCAAGAUUUCGAGGUGUUAGCAGACAUCGAUGGACGGGUCGAUAUGAAGCUCACUUAUGGGAUAAACUCUCUUGGAAUAUGACCCAAAAGAAGAAAGGGAAACAAGUUUAUCUUGGGGCUUAUGACGAUGAAGAAUCAGCAGCCAGAGCAUAUGAUUUAGCUGCACUAAAGUACUGGGGAACAAUGACCGUCACCAAUUUUCCCGUCUCAGAUUAUGAGGAACAGGUUGAGAUAAUGCAAACUAUGACAAAAGAGGAGUACUUAGCAACCUUAAGGAGAAAGAGCAGUGGAUUUUCAAGAGGUGCAUCAAAGUAUAGGGGUGUUGCAAGGCACCACCACAACGGUAGAUGGGAAGCACGGAUCGGAAGGGUUUUUGGAAACAAGUAUCUCUACCUUGGCACCUACAGCACCCAAGAGGAAGCUGCUCGUGCUUAUGACAUAGCAGCCAUUGAGUACAGAGGGAGUCAUGCUAUAACAAACUUCGACUUGAGUACUUACAUGAGAUGGUUAAAAUCUUCAACAGAAAAUAUCUCAGAAACAAAAGUUGAAAAACUGGAAGUACCAGAGUCUCAGGCAGCGGCAUUUAAAUCUAACUAUUCUCCAAUAGAGGGGUCCAAAACCUUGGCCCUCCACAACGCUACUUAUAAUUCAGAUUAUCUGAAUUCCGCUCAAAAGUAUGAAGUCUUUGACAAUAAAACAUACCAAAUGUCCAACACCAAGUCUUCUUCUUCUCCCACUGCACUUGGGCUACUUUUCCGCUCUACAAUAUUUCGAGAGUUAGUUCAAAAGAAUUCAGACAUGUCUGGAGAUGAAACCGAUUGGGAAGACACAAAGGAUAAACAGCCACUGACAGCAGCAGCAAGUGAUGAUGAGUUGGAUGGGAUCUUCUGUGAUGGAAUUGGGGAUACCUCUUUUCUGAAACCCCAAUGGACACCUUAGAAGUGCAAGAAAGAGACAUGCACUCAAUAUUUUGAAAUG